AGGAGAACAGUGACCCAGAGGCACCACUGGAGGGAGCACAAGCCCGUCUGGAGGGUCUGAAGGACAGUCUGUAUAAGAGGGAGCGGGAGAUCUCCAUGCUGAUGGAGGGGGACGGAGGAGCUACUGCAGUUCCACAGUCAGCAUACACCUGCCUCCUUACUGCUGUAGUAGGACAGGCUCAUCAGGUGUAUGAGGAGGUGAUGGAGGCGAGGCAGCAGUUUGAUCAGAUGUCCGAGGAGAACCGUAAAAAUCUGAACGAGGGCAGAGAGAACCUCGACGCAGCGGAGCUGCAGACCAUCCAGGAGAACCUGACAGAGACAGACAGCGCAGAACCACAGUUACAGGGGAAGGCCCAACCAGACAUCAGCGAGGCGGAUCAGCUGACUCAGGUUAAGCUGCAGAAGCGUGAGGUCAUCCAGGUGGCGCUAGAGUGCAUAAAAACAGGGGCUACACCCACAAUCAAAGGACCCAUCAAUGAAGAUGAUCUGGCAGCUCUGGAUGAGAGUGUUAAAGCCUUUGAGGAGAAUUUCAGAAAGAGUGGUUUCCUCGACGCUGAGGCUGGGAAGAGUGUGGGGCAGCACCUGCUACAACUGCAAGCCGAGCUCAAGCAGGUAAGAGAAGAGAAUAAGAAAAUCAUUGAGAAUUACACGGCCGAGCGAACGCUGAGGAAGAAAUACUACAACAUGGUGGAAGAUAUGAAAGGUAAGAUCCGAGUGUUCUGCCGAAUAAGGCCUCAGACUAAAGCAGAGCUGGCAAACGGCGGCAGCUCCAUUGUGUCGUGUCUGGAUGAUUACUCUGUGAUUCUGGAGACUCCGAGAGGACCUCGUGAGUUUCAGUUUGAUCGGAUCUUCACUGCAGAGAGAACGCAGGACGAGGUGUUUCAGGAGUCCAGCAGGCUUAUCCAGUCAGCGAUGGACGGCUUCAACGUCUGCAUCUUUGCAUAUGGGCAGACUGGCUCUGGGAAGACCUUCACCAUGGUUGGGGACAGAGAGCAUAAAAACCCUGGAAUCAUCCCCAGAACCUUCACUACUGUCUUUGAAAUCAUCCAGGAGAACGAGAGCAAGUUUGAGUUCAAGGUUUCAGCCUCCAUGUUGGAGCUGUAUAACGACCGGCUGCAGGACCUGUUUGUGAGUCCGUCUGAGGCGUUGUCCAAGCGGAUCGAAAUUAAGAAGGACAAAAAGGGGCUUGUGUUUGCUCAGGGAGCAGAGACAAAAGAGGCGACCAGCGCCGGAGAACUCUUCGCUCUCUUUGAACAGGGCUGCGCCAUUCGCCGAAUAGCUGCCACCAAGAUGAAUGUGGAGAGUUCUCGCUCUCACCUGAUCUUCAGCAUCAUGCUGGAGAGCCGAAACCUCACCAACGGUAGCGUGAGCUUCGGCAAGCUGAACCUCGUUGACCUGGCAGGAAGUGAGAGAGCAGCGAAGACAGGGGCCAGAGAUGACCAGCUCAAGGAAGCUAACUCCAUCAAUAAAUCCCUGAGCGCACUGGGUGACGUGAUCUCGGCUCUGGCGAUGGAACAGUCCCAUGUUCCCUACCGCAACAACAAGCUGACCCAGCUGAUGCAGGACUCACUGGGGGGCAACGCCAAAACUCUCAUGUUCCUCAACAUCUCCCCUUCUGACUGCAACCUGGACGAGACCCUCACCUCACUUAUAUACGCUUCCCGAGUAAAGGCGAUCACCAACCAUGCUCAGAGGAACACAGAGAGUAAAGAAAUCGCUCAGCUCAAAGAGGUCAUUUUGAGGCUAAAGUCUGGACAACCUGUAGAAGAAGUUGAUGUCUGAAUGAACCACACCUUUCUUUGGACUCAAACA